UGGUACACGGUGUACUUCACACAGUCAGCCCCCACCACUAUGCCCUGUAGUGGGCGGUGCCGUCGAGUUAGAAUCCAACUGAAGAAAUAAUGUAACGUUAGGCUGGCUAACGUUCAGCUCGGACUACACAAACCGUCUUCUAUGUCCGAAACAUGUUUCAUAACAUGACGUAUCCUCCUCGUCGUAAUCACCACGCAAGAUGUCUCCUGUGGAUGUGUGCUGUCUUCUCUUUAUCUGUGUCUUGGUGUGUUGCUGGGAACUAGCAGGCUGCUAUGCCAGCGGCAAGGUCACCAAAGUCUGUGGCAGCAUGGAACCUCACCAUCGUGGCACUGUAGAGACCACUCCAAGCCCUUACAGCCUGGAAACCAACACCUCCACCUUCAGUCCCACAGAUCGGAUCCAAGUCAUUCUAUCGGGAACAUCAUAUUUCAAGGGCUUCUUGAUUGAGGCCAGAGAUGCAGCUGAUCAGAGCUCAUCAUCUGCUGUUGGCACUUUCACCCUGACCAAUCCACAAAGGACCCAGCUGCUCACCUGUAAUAAGCACCAGGGUUCUGCAGUGAGCCAUACAGGUGAUGUAAGUCAGAGGGAGGUUGUUGUCACCUGGACUGCUCCUACAAAUGCUUCCUCACAGGUUCAGUUUUUUGUGACUGUAGUUGUCCACUACAGUAAGUUUUGGGUGAAGCUGCCAGGGCCAAUCAUCUAUCAGCAUGGUGUUCCUCCCCUGCCACCUCAGUCAGACUCCACACCUCCUCCAGUACAUACCAGCACAGCCUCUAUUCUGCCUGGGCCUUUUACUAUUGCGGGAUGUGGCCAAACAAAAUCCUGCAUGUCAGAUCCUCCAGGUUGUGAUCCAACGAAAGAUCCUCACUGCUUCUUCCUGUCCAUGUUGACAGACGGACCAGACAAAACGUCUGUAGUGUUUGAGCUGAGUGGCCCAGCAGAAGGAUACGUUUCCUUUGCACUGUCAUGGGACAGAUGGAUGGGCAAUGAUGAUGUGUACAUGUGUGUAAAAGAUGGGGCUAGAGUGUCGGUGAGUGCAGCCUUUGUCAGUGGACAAACACAUCCUGAGGACGAGUCACAGUCUGCUCUCUCUUCUGUGUCGUGGCAGCUGGCAGACGGAGUGAUUCAGUGCAGGUUCAGAAGACCAGUCAAACUGGCCAAUCAGGAAGCAGCCCGCUAUGAUCUGGAUCAAGAGUACUUCCUGUUUGUAGCCAGCGGAUAUGCAGAGCAUGGUUUAGUUUGGAAACACAGUCUCCAGCCGUUAAUCUCCACUCACAGGAAAGUGAUCACUGGACCCCCUGAGGUCCUGACAGGCUUCCGAAGUCCCAUCAUUAUGAAAAUGCAUGGUGCACUGAUGCUGGUAGCCUGGAUGCUUACAGGAAGUGUUGGAACCUUUAUCGCUAGCUUCUACAAAUCUGACUGGCCGAAUCAUUCUCUGCUCGGUCAGAAAAUCUGGUUUCAGGUUCAUCGAGGAUUAAUGGUGCUGACUGUGACUUUGACCGUUGUGGGCUUUUGCCUCCCAUUUUUCUACAGGAAAGGUUGGAGUAAGCAUGCAGGUGUCCAUCCUUACCUUGGCUGUUGUGUGCUGGCAUUAUCUCUGAUUCAACCAAUAAUGGCUGUGAUCAGACCAUCACCUGACUCAAGCAGGAGAUAUAUCUUUAACUGGGCCCACUGGGGAGUUGGCUCUGUGACUGAGAUUAUUGCAGUGGCAGCCAUGUUCCUGGGGACCAGUCAGUCAUCAUUGCUCCUCCCUCAGCCGCUGGCAACGCACAUCUUGAUAGGCUACGUGACAUGGCUCUCUUCAUUUAGGGUCCUCCUCUUGGUGCACAAGUACCUAUACAUCAAAAACUCAGCAUUGGUGUCUGAUGACACACUGGGCAUCCUCUGUGACCAGUCACUGCAGGGUUCCUUGAACUCCUUCAUAAAGUCUCUCCUCUUGUCUGUCGUGGCUCUAGGAAAUGCUGGUCUCCUACUGGCGUUGUUGUCUUUUAUUGCUGAAAUUUGACAUUUGAUGUCAAAGUAACUGAAAUAUCUGUCAAGACCUUGGCUGAUAGAAAUGUCAGAGGUUGAUUAUGUUAUGUAAAGUACUGGUGUUAAGCGAACACAGGAUGAAGGAGGAACUGAACUCUAUUAUGCAGUCAACCACAAAAUCUUUUUAUUGAACAUCUGUUUUGUUGUAUGUUUCUUUUAUGUUCAUAUUCAGAUUCAUUUUGUAGUUACAUAUUUACUUACCACCUGUUGAUAUUCUUCUAUUUUCAGUGGCAUUAUUAAUGUUGAAUAGUAGCACUUAUUGGCCCUUAUUGAAUAAUUCAUUAAAUAAUCUCUUGAAUCAGCUAAAGAGUCUACUUCAGAUUUUAAGUGUCAGUAUCAGUUUUUUAAUGUUUUUGAAUUUAUAAUUUGGUAUGUUCUCUUUACUAAACAAUGAACUGUGUGUCUUUUGUCUCAAAGAUUUAAAUACAGCUAACCUAGCAUUACAAUACGGAGAUACACUAAAACAUAAUGUCUAAAACUAGACGUAUAAAAACCUGUGCAUAAAAGCACAGUGAAUCUGCAGCCCUGAAAUUAUGAACGGUCUGAACAAAUACAUAUCCUCCAAUUUUCUGUAUAUGUUUUAAAAAGCUGUAGCACUGUGUGUUACUGCUCCACUUCAUUUGUCACUGUGCAGUUUUCAUUUUGAGUUCAGACUAGAUGGGAACAAAAGCCAUUAAGAACUGCCCCAUAUAUUAUUAAGACAGAAAAAGAGCACUGAUGCCUGUUCAUGUUCAUACUGUACAUUUGUCAAGAUGAACCUGAACCACAAUACACCACAAGUAUGCUAAUUUGAGAACACAAAUUCAUUACACAGUCUAUCCCUCAAAAUAAACAUGUCAAUUUAUUGUUUGUUGACUGACUAUUCAUUUUUGAGUGAUGGUAAAACGGCCCAAGUGGAAAACCAACUAAUGCAGGGGUAGCAUGAAGUACAUGCGCAUGCAUAACAACAUACUGCUGAAUAGGAUUCAUAUAC